UCAGCAGCCACCGAGAGCAGUCUACCCACAAGUAGGCGUACAGAGAUAAAAACUUUACCUUCACAGGAUUGAGAGAUCAGCUGUCAGGCUCUGGAAAAAGACUUUUUACAAGCUGAUAUUGAACUGAAGGCACAUUUGUUGGACUUUCACUGCCUUUUCUCUCUUUUUUCUUGAAGUGAUCGCAUUUGAUUUCGGGGGUUACUUGACAGAAGGACGAGUCAGUGCCUGAAUUCAUGCAUGCUCUCUGCUGACACUGAGUAUAGUUGAUAAUCCACAGACUGUGUUUCUAUAAGCAGCUGGUAAGCUUCUACUUUUUUCCUAUACGACUUUAUGUCUACAAAGAUGGAGCAGCCUUUUUAUCAUGACGACUCCUUUCUGUCGGCUUACGGCCACUCAGAUGCAGCCAUGCACGACUACAAACUGCUAAAGCAGAAUAUGAAUUUGAACUUGACAGAGCCCUAUCGCCACCUGAAACACCAGCUGAGAGUGGACGCGGACCCGUACCAGGGGGGCCAGCAGGACGUGCAGGGCUCCCUGAAACUCGCGUCCCCGGAGCUGGAGAGGCUCAUCAUCCAGAACAGUAACGGGGUGAUCACCACCCCCACCCCGGGGGGCCAGUACUUCUACAACCGGGGCAUCACCGACGAGCAGGAGGGCUUUGCGGAGGGCUUCGUGAAGGCGCUGGAUGAACUCCACAAGAUGAACCAGAUGCCGCCCCCCAACGUGUCCAUCGGUGCCGGCGGGGUGACGACGUGCUCGGUGGCGGCCUCUAGCGUCUUCGGCUCCAACCUGCAAGCCGAAUCUCCCAUCUACACGACUCUGAGCGCCUAUUGCCCUAACACAAACCUCACAUCCGCGUCCAGCUACCCCACCGCCACCAUCAGCUACCUGCCGCCGCACCAGCAGAGCCACUCGCAGACCAAUACGCACGUCCCGCACCACUUCCCGCACGGCCUGCCGGGCUCCGGGAUCCAUCCGCAGAGGCUGGUCGCCCUGAAGGAGGAGCCCCAGACCGUGCCCGACCUCCUCAGCAGCGACGGCGGCUCGCCUCCCAUGUCCCCGAUCGACCUGGAGACCCAGGAGCGCAUCAAGGCGGAGCGCAAGCGGCUGCGCAACCGGCUGGCGGCCACCAAGUGCCGGCGGCGCAAGCUGGAGCGCAUCGCGCGGCUGGAGGAGAAGGUGAAGGUGCUGAAGAACGACAACGCGGGGCUCUCCAGCACGGCGUCCGUGCUGCGGGACCAGGUCGCCCAGCUCAAACAGAAGGUCCUCACACACGUGAGCAGCGGCUGUCAGCUGAUGCUUACCAGCAAAAUGGAGACAUUUUGAAGAGGGGACAUUAAAAAGAGACUUCUGAAAUGACUGAAAGUAAUAACACUGGAGUCGUGUUCUGCAUGCGCAGCACUGGAAUACCGGCGAAUGUCUUGUCGGCAUCACAGGGCCGGGAGUGUAGACAACUCUGUAAGGCUGUUGAGGGGUGAAAUGACUGAUUGAAAUGGUACUUCCGGAUGCUGGACACCGCUCACAUGGACCAUUGACCCCCUGAAACCAGGGACGCAUCCAAACUGAGUAGACACUGAGCAACACGGUGGGCGCUGCCCCCCCCAAGAUUGGUUUACUAAUGAUAGAAAAUGGGAAUGAUUAUCGUACUACUUUGUACUUUUUAUUUUUAUUUUCCGCAACCGAUAUUGUCUUGCAAUGCUGCAUUUUAUUUGUUGUGUAAAUUAUUUUCUUUGUCUGGUUGAUCCAGACAAAAUGAUGUCCAAUGUUUACAGUGUCUUUUUUUAUUAUUAUUUGUGACGUGUAUUUAAGUAAAGUGUCUUCAAAUGAAAA